CAAGCAAUUGCGCAUGAUGUCUGUCAGAGGCGCUGUAGCACAUUUCUCAUGAAUUUGCUGCAUCAUAAAGCUGAAUACUUUCACUUUUAUUUUAGCAUAAGGAAGCAAGUUGACAAAUAGCUUGAACAUAAUUCAGUUUUCUUUUUCUUUUAAAAUAAACUGGGAUCAUGAGCUACGAUCGUGCCAUCACAGUUUUCUCACCUGAUGGACACCUAUUUCAGGUGGAAUACGCACAAGAGGCUGUAAAAAAAGGUUCAACUGCAGUUGGAAUACGAGGAAAGAAUAUAGUUGUUCUGGGAGUGGAGAAAAAAUCUACCGCCAAACUUCAAGAUGAUAGGACAGUGCGAAAAAUCUGCGCCUUGGACGACAAUGUCUUCAUGGCAUUUGCCGGGUUGACAGCAGAUGCCAGGAUCGUCAUUAACAGGGCCAGACUUGAGUGUCAGAGUCACAGACUCACUGUGGAGGAUCCAGUCACAGUGGAGUACAUCACACGCUUCAUAUCCACUAUUAAACAGCGGUACACCCAAAGCAAUGGACGGAGACCAUUUGGGAUCUCCUCUCUCAUUAUGGGUUUUGAUUUUGAUGGAACUCCGCAUCUGUAUCAGACAGACCCCUCAGGAACCUACCAUGCCUGGAAGGCAAAUGCCAUCGGAAGAUCUGCAAAGACUGUGCGUGAGUUUCUGGAAAAGAAAUAUAACGCUGUGAACAUGGAGUCUGACACAGAGGUCAUUAAGCUGGUUAUCAAAGCGUUGCUCGAGGUUCUCCAAGCAGGUGCAAAAAACAUGGAGGUGGCCAUUAUGAAGCGUGAUGAACAAUUGAAGAUUCUAACCCCAGAGGAAGUUGAGGAGCAUAUUGCUGCCAUUGAGAAAGAGGAAGCAGAGCAGCCGAAGAAAAAAGGGACCAUUUGAAGAACACAUUCCUUUUUCAACAAGUCAGACAACUCAGAAUAUCCCCUUUUUUCAGACUAUAAUAAAUAAACAUGUUUAACAAACA